UGAGCCCGCCUUGUCACCUUCAUCACACAGUUAACAAAAAAAAAAAAAAAAGACUUCUCUAUCUUUAAUCUCUCUCAGCUUCUCUCUCUGCAUCUAUUCUUUACUCAGUUCUCGAGCUCUGCAUUAGCGUACAGUGGCAAUGUCCCCGUAUUUCACGGACCACCAUAGCCUAUGCAGAGCCCCUCUUGCAAUCGGGUACCUCUACCUCUCUCUGCUUCUCUCCUCAUUCUCGACAGCCCAUGCACAGGUGCUACAAUCCUGUACAGCAACCACAAAUUGUGGGGUGGGCCUUUAUUGUGGAAAUUGCCCUGCUUUAGGCAAGACUCAACCCAUUUGCACCAGAGGCCAAGCUAUCAUACCUAAUUCUAUUAUAAAUGGGUUGCCUUUUAACAAGUAUACAUGGUUAGUUACUCAUAAUUCUUUUAGUAUUGUGGAUGCCCCGCCUUUGCCUGGUGUUCAGAGGCUUACUUUUUAUAAUCAAGAAGACACUGUGACCAAUCAGUUGAGGAAUGGUGUGAGGGGGCUGAUGUUGGAUCUGUAUGAUUUUGAGGGCGACAUCUGGCUCUGCCAUUCGUUUCGAGGGCAAUGUUUCAACUUCACAGCGUUUCAACCUGCAAUAAACACUUUGAGGGAAGUGGAAUCAUUCUUGAGCGAGAAUCCAACUGAGAUUGUGACAAUUAUCAUUGAGGACUAUGUUCAUACUCCAAAAGGCUUGAUAAAUCUGUUCACUAAUGCUGGUUUGGAUAAGUAUUGGUUCCCUGUGUCUAAGAUGCCGAAAAAGGGGGAAGAUUGGCCCACUGUGACAGAGAUGGUGCAAGAGAAUCACCGGCUUGUGGUAUUCACUUCUGCUGCUUCAAAGGAAGCAGAGGAAGGAAUUGCUUAUCAGUGGAAAUAUAUGUUGGAAAAUGAGGCUGGAGAUCCUGGGGUAAAACCAGGCUCUUGCCCUAACAGAAAAGAGUCAAAGCCACUGAAUUCCAAAAGAGCAUCACUUUUCUUAAUGAAUUACUUCCCAACAUAUCCAGUUGAAACUGAAGCUUGCAAAGAGCAUUCUACUCCACUUGCUCAGAUGGUUGGUACCUGCUAUAAAGCAGCUAGAAAUGUGAUGCCAAACUUUCUGGCAGUCAACUUUUAUAUGAGGAGUGAUGGGGGCGGUGUUUUUGAAGCUCUGGAUAGAAUGAAUGGCCAGACAUUGUGCGGUUGUAAUACUGUGACUGCCUGCCAGUUUGGAGCACCUUUUGGAUCUUGCAAGAAUGUUGCCGUGCCUAAUGUAAGUCCUGUAACAAAUACUGUGGGAAAUACAGGUCCGCUGACAAAUACUGCAGGAAGCUUUUCAGGAUCCGUUCAAUUCUCGAAAUCUGCAUCAACAAUCCAAUCUCCAAAUAGCUUGGUUUUGUACUUGUUCUUUUUUAUUAGCAAUAUUUUUAUCAUAUGAUGGAUACAGUGAAUGAUUUCUGGGAUGGAGGUUAGGGAUCCGCUCCUUUGCUUAGAUGGUUAGCAAAAGUUACUCCUUUGGUAGAAUUUUAUAGUUUCUGUUUGAAUUCUCCAAUAAGGACUGGUAUGCCAUGUCCCAGCCUUAUUGAGGGGACGGUAAAGGAAUACUUUCUAGAGAUAUGAAGUGUGAUUGUAAACAAAGAACUUUUGAGAUUCUUAAAUUGAGGCCAAAAGUAAGUAGUUGCGCAGGAGGCUGAGGUAGAUAAUGGCCAACAGCGACCCAGAAUAUGUUAUGAAAUGGUUCAGGUAUGCAGUGUGCUUCACUCUAAGAUUGCAUGGUUUUUCAAGAAUUGCCAUUAUUUUACUUUUAGCAAACAAUAAACAUCCAUGUUCCUGAUCUUAUCUUUAUCAUGAUUUAGAUUUCCAUAAACCUUGUAAUACAAGUUGCAAAUAAGUAAAUAAAGAUAUUGCAAUUUGAAGCAUGCCAAUAUGAGGACUUCUCUGUGCACAAUUAAACAGGUUAUUGCCCAUAUAUGUCCCACAAAAUUGGGGUCCAAAAGAGAGAAUUGGAAGAUAGUCUUACCCUUGAACAUUUCCUUUUUUCGAAUAUGAAUUAUUGUAAGAAGGAUUCCUGUUUAUAUUUCUAGCUUUGACGGGUUUUGUCUUCAUGUUUUUUCAGGUUGUCUUUUUGGCCAUAGUAUUUAGCUGUUGUAGUAAGAAUGAAACACAUGUUGAAGCUUUUCCAACACGUUACUUGGUUUCAGCCAA